AUGAAUGCAAAAGCACCAGGAGUUUCUAUCAAAACAGACUUGAUGAAAACAAGCGACUCACCAAACAACAAUCGAGUAGAAGGGAAUACCAAGACAAGAUCCAACAACACCAGGUUUCAUGGAAAUAGGAGGACGGCAAGAAGGACUUUGUGGAUAGAAGACGGACGUGCUGACGAUUCAAGGAGCGGUCAACCCUCGUCUAUUGAGACGAGACAGAAAGAGCUUCGCUCAACAAGGAUCCAGCAAACCCAGGUUUACAAGGAACAGAGACGGCAAGAGGAACUUUUGUGGAUAGAGACGGACGUGCUGCCGAUCAAAGGAGCGGGCAAACCUCGUCUAUUGAGACGGAGACAGAAAGAGCUUCGCUCAAAGGAUCCAGCAAACCAGGUUUCAAGGAACAGAGACGGCAAGAAGGACUUUGUGGAUAGAGACGGACGUGCUGUCGAUCAAAGGAGCGGGCAACCCUCGUCUAUUGAGACGGAGACAGAAAGAGCUUCGCUCAAAGGAUCCAGCAAACCAGGUUUCAAGGAACAGAGACGGAUCCAGCAAACCAGGGUUCAAGGAACAGAGACGGCAAGAAGGACUUUGUGGAUAGAGACGGACGUGCUGUCGAUCAAAGGAGCGGGCAACCCUCGUCUAUUGAGACGGAGACAGAAAGAGCUUCGCUCAAAGGAUCCAGCAACCCAGGUUUCAAGGAACAGAGACGGCAAGAAGGACUUUGAGAAUAGAGACGGACGAGCGGCCGAUCAAAGGAGCGGGGGACACUGGUCUCCAGAGACGGGAGAGACGGAAGUAGCAGGUCUCAAGGGAAAGAGACGGACGUGCUGCCGAUCAAAGGAGCGGGGGAUACUGGUCUCCAGAGACGGGAGAGACGGGAGAGACGGGAGAAGCAGGUCUCAAGGGAAAGAGACGGACAUGCUGCUGAUCAAAGGAGCGGGGACACUGGUCUCCAGAGACGGGAGAGACGGAAGAAGCAGGUCUCAAGGGAAAGAGACGGACAUGCUGUCGAUCAAAGGAGCGGGGGACACUGGUCUCCAGAGACGGGAGAGACGGAAGAAGCACGUCUCAAGGGAAAGAGACGAACAUGCUGCCGAUCAAAGGAGCGGGGGACACUGGUCUCCAGAGACGGGAGAGACGGGAGAAGACGGGAGAAGCAGGUCUCAAGGGAAAGAGACGGACAUGCUGCUGAUCAAAGGAGCGGGGGACACUGGUCUCCAGAGACGGGAGAGACGGAAGAAGCAGGUCUCAAGGGAAAGAGACGGACAUGCUGUCGAUCAAAGGAGCGGGGGACACUGGUCUCCAGAGACGGGAGAGACGGAAGAAGCAGGUCUCAAGGGAAAGAGAGUGUCUAGCAGUCUGUCUCUUGAGACAGUAACAAAGAGGCCUUCAAUCCAAGGAUCAAAUAGGCCGAGUUUCAAUGAACAGAGACUGAUAGGUCUCAAGAGAAAUUGUCAGACAGCUAGGUCUCAAGGGAAGCAGUCGGGCAGGAUUGCCGAACGGAUCAGCGGUAAAGCUAAGAAGGAGCCCGAUGCCAUUGUGUCUAUGCCAUCGCAUGGCCACGUCGGUUGCCUUUCAAUACG